CUGGAUUUCACUCUGUUGUCCACACUGACCCACCAUAACAUCCAGAGGAUGACGGAGGCUCUGGAGGAGGAUUUCGGCCUAUUUGGACACAGACUCCAGGUUAGAUUUAUUUUAUUUUAUAUAAUCAGUAAUUCAUAACUGAAUUAGCUAGCAAGACAGGUAAGGUGGCAUAGUAACUAGCUAGCAGCUAGCUAACUUAACGCUAACUAUGUAACGUUACUGUAGCUAGCGCAAAUGCAUUUAUUUGGCUUUUCAUAACAAGCUCAUCUGAUGAUACAAUUAUUUUAAUAAUGUCUUUCAUAACGUCGUUAUGACUUUGAGCUGAUAUAUGGUUUGCUUGCUAGAUAGACAGCUAAUAAGAUCGACAUGUUAUAACAUUACCAGUAUCUUUGCUCUAGCUAGCUACUGUGUGUGAUUGCAUAGCCUACUUUUGCUGACUAUGAUUUAACUAACGUUAGCUAGCUAACUUCGCUGUAUUUUUGCCUCCACUCCAGUCUGGCGAGACCAAGUCGUGGCUGCUUUCACCAGUAUAUUUGGAGCUGCGUUUUCUGUAAUCACUCAGUAACUCACCCAAUUAUCCAGAUAUGUUUGACACAGCCUACAGCUAGUAGAUAAACACCGCUCUGCAUAUUUGUAUAAGAAAAGGUCCCACCAGUUCAAUGGAAUGUGUGUUCAAUGUUACCCAGCUUUGAGGUCUUCACUGAUGGAAUUCCUUAGUGUAACUUUGAAUACGCUCUGCCUGUUUCUGCCCCCGCCCACAUUACGUUACUGUACUAGCUAGCUAUCUGAAAUGUUUCAUUCUUUUUCAGUUGGCAGAUAUGGUGAGGCAGAGCAGGGUGGCAGAGCUGCAAGCCUUCCAGCACUCUCUCCAGGUAACUCAAUAUUGCUGUCAGAAAUAGCUAACUAGCUAUCUUACUAACUUGUCAUAGCGUGUGGUUUUGUCACACUUGUGACUUCCCUUAACCUUUCCUGUUGCCUCAUAGAUGAUAACAGAGUAGGUUCUAGUAGUAACAGACUGCCAGUAAUUAUGCUUAUCUUGACCUUAAAGCGAUAUGUUACAUCAUUUUCAAUGAGUAAUACAAAUAGGCCUAUGCUAUCACUGGACGUGAAAGUGUGUUUGGGAAUAUCCAGGGUCAGAUAAGGUCUUUGUAAGCUUUUCCCGUUUGUGCUUGCAUAUCAGUCGACCCUAUUGGCAGGCUGCCACAUGGGAAGAUAACCUUGUUUUAAACCAGAAGCUUGGUUGUAAUUAUACUGUAUUGCUCUUUUAUCUAGAACAUGCCAUAUCAGUAGAUUUUAGUGUUUGUUUUGGGGCGGUUAGUUUAGGACUGCACUGGUACUUUAAGAACAAAAGUGACACUUCUCAUUCUUUCUGUCCCCCUCCACCACCUGAUCUCUCUGGCUCUGCUCGCACUUUCUCUCUCUAUCUCUCUCUUCCUCUCUCUCUCUCUCUCUUCCUCUCUCUCUCUCUCUCUCUCUCUCUCUCUCUCUCUCCUCUCUCUCUCUCUCUCUCUCUCUCUCUCUCUCUCUCUCUCCUCUCUCUCUCUCUCUCUCUCAGUUACAGAGUAACUCUUUGGCCUCUGGCCCAGUAGGGGACAGCUGUGGUGGACAGCAGAAUGUGGUGACCACCACUGCCACAGAGGAGAGACAGCGCCUCUCACAGGGCCCUCCAGGUACUGCACCUCAGGCCUCUGACCAGGGCCCGUAUCGACAAAGCAUCUCAGAGUAGGAGUGCUGUUCUAGAAUCAGUUUUGCCUUUUAGAUCAUAACAAAUAAGAUUAUAUGGACAGAUCCUAGAUCAGGACUCCUAGUCUGAGAUGCUUUGUGGAUACUGACCCAGCUCCACAACCAGCUUCUCACCAGCCAUGGGCGGCGCACAAUUGGUCCAGCGUCGUCCAAGGUAGGGGAGGGUUUGGCCGGCAGGGAUGUGGGUUCGUUUCCCUCGGGGGGCCAGUAUAAAAAAACAACAACAAAAAAACAAAACAUGUAUGCAUUCACUAAAUGUAAGUCACUCUGGAUAAGAGCGUCUGCUAAAUGACUAAAAUGUAAAAUGUAAAUGUAAAUGUCUGCUUUGCUAUCACAUUGGCACAUAGUAGUCCCACAUGUUAGUCAGUGUACACAUUGCACACACUACGCUUUAAGCAAUAAUUGCUUUUCUAUCACAUUGGCACAUAGUUAGUCAGUACAUCGCCCACACUUAACCCAUUUAACGAUCUAUCAAUGUGUCACAGUUUUUAAGCAAUCAUUCACAAUUUAAGAAAACUUGUAUUUUCGUUGAUUGGCACAUAGUCAAUAGAUGUUAGUCAGUAUGCACAUUGCAAACACUUUGCGAUUCAAGCAAUAUUUUACAACGUAACUGUGGCUGACCUGAAUUAACAGUCGACUUGUUUAUACAGAGGUGGAAGCCAGCCAGCCAGUAAACAUUCCAGACUCCGCCAAACCAAAGAAGAAGAAAAGGAGGUCAAGAGCAAAAGACAGCUUCACUGGAAACUUCAAAGGUAAUCAUGUUACACAUACAGUGAGGGGAAAAAAGUAUUUGAUCCCCUGCUGAUUUUGUACGUUUGCCCACUGACAAAGAAAUGAUCAGUCUAUAAUUUUAAUGGUAGGUUUAUUUGAACAGUGAGAGACAGAAUAACAACAAAAAAAUCCAGAAAAACGCAUGUUAAAAAUGUUAUAAAUUGAUUUGCAUUUUAAUGAGGGAAAUAAGUAUUUGACCCCCUCUCAAUCAGAAAGAUUUCUGGCUCCCAGGUGUCUUUUAUACAGGUAACGAGCUGAGAUUAGGAGCACACUCUUAAAGGGAGUGCUCCUAAUCUCAGUUUGUUACCUGUAUAAAAGACACCUGUCCACAGAAGCAAUCAAUCAAUCAGAUUCCAAACUCUCCACCAUGGCCAAGACCAAAGAGCUCUCCAAGGAUGUCAGGGACAAGAUUGUAGACCUACACAAGGCUGGAAUGGGCUACAAGACCAUCGCCAAGCAGCUUCGUGAGAAGGUGACAACAGUUGGUGCGAUUAUUCGCAAAUGGAAGAAACACAAAAUAACUGUAAAUCUUCCUCUGUCUGGGGCUCCAUGCAAGAUCUCAUCUCGUGGAGUUGCAAUGAUCAUGAGAAUGGUGAGGAAUCAGCCCAGAACUACACGGGAGGAUCUUGUCAAUGAUCUCAAGGCAGCUGGGACCAUAGUCACCAAGAAAACAAUUGGUAACACACUACGCCGUGAAGGACUGAAAUCCUGCAGCGCCCGCAAGGUCCCCCUGCUCAAGAAGCACAUAUACAGGGCCAUCUGAAGUUUGCCAAUGAACAUUUGAAUGAUUCAGAGGAGAACUGGGUGAAAGUGUUGUGGUCAGAUGAGACCAAAAUCGAGCUCUUUGGCAUCAACUCAACUCGCCAUGUUUGGAGGAGGACGAAUGCUGCCUAUGACCCCAAGAACACCAUCCCCACCGUCAAACAUGGAGGUGGAAACAUUAUGCUUUGGGGGUGUUUUUCUGCUAAGGGGACAGGACAACUUCACCGCAUCAAAGGGACGAUGGACGGGGCCAUGUACCGUCAAAUCUUGUGUGAGAACCUCCUUCCCUCAGCCAGGGCAUUGAAAAUGGGUCGUGGAUGGGUAUUCCAGCAUGACAAUGACCCAAAACACACGGCCAAGGCAACAAAGGAGUGGCUCAAGAAGAAGCACAUUAAGGUCCUGGAGUGGCCUAGCCAGUCUCCAGACCUUAAUCCCAUAGAAAAUCUGUGGAGGGAGCUGAAGGUUCGAGUUGCCAAACGCCAGCCUCGAAACCUUAAUGACUUGGAGAAGAUCUGCAAAGAGGAGUGGAACAUAAUCCCUCCUGAGAUGUGUGCAAACCUGGUGGCCAACUACAAGAAACGUCUGACCUCUGUGAUUGCCAACAAGGGUUUUGCCACCAAGUACUAAGUACUACUCAUGUUUUGCAGAGGGGUCAAAAACGUAUUUCCCUCAUUAAAAUGCAAAAUCAAUUUAUAACAUUUUUGACAUGCGUUUUUCUGGAUUUUUUUGUUGUUAUUCUGUCUCUCACUGUUCAAAUAAACCUACAAUUAAAAUUAUAGACUGAUCAUGUCUUUGUUAGUGGGCAAACGUACAAAAUCAGCAGGGGAUCAAAUACUUUUUUCCCUCACUGUAAAUCAAACAAGCAUGUCAAAUAUCCAAUCACUCAUGUCAUUCAAAAUCUAGGGUUUUAAUAAAUGCACCCACACCAUAGAUACCAGAGACAGGCUUUUGUACGCUUCUCUUUUCUCCAGACCUGUACAAACUGACGGAUGAAAUGCUGGGUCAGGGUGCAUAUGCAAAGGUCCAAGGAUGCAUCAGUCUUCAGAAUGGGAAUGAAUAUGCUGUGAAGGUGAGACAGAAGCUGCGUAUGAAAUGGUACCUUAUUCCCUAUUUAGUCCACUACUUUUGACCAGGGCGCAUAGAGAACAUAUGGGACUUGUGAUAAAUGGCAUACAUCAUACGCAAAGCUUUUGUCACUCCAGGGUAGUUAAAGUAUGAUUUGUCACUAACUGAUGCUGUUUUGACCCCAAACAGUGUUUUUUUAAAAACCAGUUUGGGGUCCAAACGUUGUCCUAUUAUACACUUAAGACAUUAUACCAGUGUGCAGAUUAACUUUUUGUUCUACAUUAUCCUCUCUGAUCCAGCAUCUGGGACUCGUUUUUUUAUGGAUGUGCACGCAUACCACCCAUUAAGCCAAAUAUUUUAAAUAACUAAUCCAAGAUAGACCACAGCCUGUCAUUUCAAAUGGGAGCAAAUGAAUCAUAGUGGGCAGAACAAGCAUGUAUUUGCAUAUUUCCUUUAGGGAACACCUGUUAAGUGCGCUUGUGAAAUAGCUCAAUUCGCCCUUGGACUCCUUCUAAACAACGCAACUUUUAGGAACUUUGGCAAAGGGUAAAGUCAAAUUUAUACAUCUGGCUCAUUGUUCUGUGACUAAACUUUCUUCACUCACUGAUACCCGUGUCCAUUUUGUUUUGUCUCAGAUCAUUGAGAAGAAUGCGGGGCACAGUCGCAGCCGCGUCUUCCGUGAGGUGGAGACCCUUUACCAGUGCCAGGGGAAUAGGUGUGUGUGCUCUUUCACUCUACAAAGUUAAAGUUCUGAAGGUUAAAUGAUAAUAAAACAUUAAAAAAUCAUGUCACCCACUAAUGUGUCCCUAUUGACAUUUUCAGGAACAUUCUGGAACUAAUACAGUUUUUUGAAGAUGACUCCUGCUUCUACUUGGUGUUUGAGAAGUUGCGCGGAGGUAUGUCUUCUUGUGAGGGUGAAGCUGGGUCAUGUUCAUUAUGCACAAGCUGGGUCAUGUUCAUUAUGCACAAAAUGGCUGGGUCAUGUUCUGUACAUGAACUUGUCCAAUAAAAACAAUGUUGUUUUCUGUUGCAAAACAUGUUGCUUCUUUGUGGCCUAAUGAACACGACCCUGGUUACAUUAAACUAUUAGGUGUUUCUCUGAAAUCUCUCCUCUAUCUCCUCCUGAAUGCUCUCCUCUCUCUCCUCCUGAAAGCGCUCCCCUCUCUCUCGCUCCUCCUGAAAGCGCUCCCCUCUCUCUCUCUCCUCCUGAAAGCGCUCCCUCUCUCUCUCCUCCUGAAAGCGCUCCUCUCUCUCUCCUCCUGAAAGCGCUCCCCUCUCUCUCUCCUCCUGAAAGCGCUCCCCUCCUCUCCUCCUGAAAGCCGCUCCUCUCUCCUCCUGAAAGCGCCUUCCCUCCCUCCUCUCUCCUCUCCUCCUGAAAGCGCUCCCCUCUCUCCUCUCCUCCUGAAAGGCUCCCCUCUCUCCUCUCCUCCUGAAAGCCUCCCUCUCUCUCUCCUCCUCCUGAAAGCUCCCCUCUACUCCCCCUCUCUUCUCCUCCUGAAAGCUCCCCCCUCUCUCUCCUCCUGAAAGCCCCCCUCUCUCUCUCCUCCUGAAAGCUCCCCCUCUCUCUCUCUCCUCCUGAAGCUCCCCCUCUCUCUCUCUCCUCCUGAAAGCUCCCCCCUCUCUCUCUCUCCUCCUGAAAGCUCCCCCCUCUCUCUCUCCUCCUCCUGAAAGCUCCCCCUCUCUCUCUCUCCUCCUGAAAGCUCCCCCCCUCUCUCUCUCCUCCUGAAAGCUCCCCCUCUCUCUCUCUCCUCCUGAAAGCUCCCCCCUCUCUCUCUCCUCCUGAAAGCUCCCCCCUCUCUCUCUCUCCUCCUGAAAGCUCCCCCCUCUCUCGCUCCUCCUGAAGCCUCCCCCCCUCGCCCUACUCCCUCUUCCUCCUGAAGCUCCCCCCUCCUCUCUCCUCUCCUCCUGAAAGCUCCCCCUCUCUCUCUCUCCUCCGAAAGCUCCCCCUCUCUCUCAUCUCCUCCCUGAAGCUCCCCCCCUCUCUCUCUCUCCUCCUGAAGCUUCCCCCCCCCUCUCCUCUCUCUCCCCUGAAAGCUCCCCUCUCUCUCUCUCCUCCUGAAAGCCUCCCCCCUCUCUCUCUCUUCCUCCUCCUGAAAGCUCCCCCUCUCUCUCUCUCCUCUCCUGAAGCUCCCACCGCUCUCCUCCUCUCCUCCUGCAACUCCCCUCUCUCCUCCUCCUCCUGAAAGAUAGCUCUCCUCUCUUCCCAUACAGGCUCCCAUUCUGACUCAAUCAGAACCGAAAAGGCACGUUGGAUUGAGCUGGAGGCCCAGCCCGUGGGGUCAGGGGACAUCUCCAAAGCUCUCCACUUCCUCCACAACAAAGGUAGGACCCCUGCACAUGGGGCUGUCCCUGCCAGUGCCUGUAUAAAAUUACAGUGUGAGUGUUUCUUCAUGAACAUUCUCUGUUCUACAGGUAUUGCCCACCGGGACCUAAAGCCAGAGAACAUCCUGUGUGAAUCCACUGACCAGGUAACCUUUGUUUCCCCCAAUGUGCUAUGGAACAACAACAUAUGAUUUCAGUAGAAAAGAAUGUUAUAUUUGCCAAACAGUUAUUGUGGAUAUAGCUAGUGAAUGCCUGCUAUUUUUCUCUCCCUCUGCAGGUGUCUCCAGUGAAGAUCUGUGACUUUGACUUGGGCAGUGGAGUGAAGCUUAGCAGUGCCUGUGUUCCUAUCACCACUCCAGAGCUCACCACACCAGUAAAUACCACAACCUGAACCUACCACUAACCCUGAUAUUUGUGUCUGUCUGACUGUCUGUUCAUCUGGCAAUGUCUUCAUUGUCUUCGAGUGCACAUUUUUCACUUUUACUGUAAAGACUGUUUUGCGAUUUUAACUGCACUUUAAAUCAAGUUUGAUUUGACAUAUGUCCUCACGGUGUUUCAUUUCCCUGCCUCAGUGUGGCUCGGCAGAGUACAUGGCUCCAGAGGUGGUGGAGGUGUUCACGGAUGAGGCCUCGUUCUACGACAAGCGCUGUGACCUCUGGAGCCUGGGGGUCAUCCUCUAUAUUCUGCUCAGUGGCAGCCCCCCCUUCACUGGUCAUUGUGGGACUGACUGUGGCUGGGACCGUGGAGAGACCUGCCGCACCUGCCAGGUACACACACCAGCAGUCUUCCUCAUAACCCCCAGUUCACCUUACACAUCUACAGCACUAUCUUUUUUAAAUCGUCUCGAAAGAACACAAACUCUGGACCUUCGAGACAUAUAUAUUAUUUUGUAUCUGCCAUGCAUUUUAUUAGUGUUAUAACCAUUACAAUUCAUAAGCACUUAUAGUAAUUUAUAAACUAUGUCUAAUUUAUAAACAUGUUUAAUGACUGAUUCAUGUAAUUAUAAGUGUAACCAAAAUAUUGCACUACUGAUGAUUUUCCAUUUAAUAUGUUGUGUCCCACCCCUGCAGAAGAAUCUGUUUGAGAACAUCCAGGAGGGCCAGUAUGAGUUCCCAGAGAGGGACUGGGCCCACAUCUCUGCCCAGGCCAAGGACCUCAUCUCCAGGCUGCUGGUGCGGGAUGCCACCCUCCGCCUCAGUGCUGCCCAGGUCCUGCAGCACCCCUGGGUUCAGGGGGUGAGUGUCAAUUUCAAAAUAUGGCCAGAAUCAACUACUUGUAUUGGAAGUUUCUGAAAGUAUUUUCAAAUAAUUUCCUAUAAAUAGCCUAAUAUACUUAUUUCCAAAUACAUUAUUUCAAAUACCGAACAGACCUGGUUCAAAUGCAUGGGAAUUGAAUUAUUUGUAUAACUACUGUGUAUUUGAGUUUUUAUUUUUAAAUACAUGCCAUUACUUAACAAGUGUAUUUCCAAAUACAUUCCAAUAUUCAACUACUUGUGUUUCAAAUAAAAAAUAUCCAAAUACUUACUUAAGUUCCGAAUGUAAUUGAAAUACCCUGAACAGUAUUUGAACCCAGGUCUGUACUUUCUAUAUUGUUCCAGGGGGUCUUAAUACUCUGAAGUGACUUCCUUGUCUUGUUUAUUCUACACUGAUCUAAGGCUGAAUGUGUGAAAGCGACAUCCAACAAACCAGUGGGCUUGUUUUCACCAGUACAUUUCCUCCAAACUGUAUAUCUGUGAUGAAGGAAAGGGUAAAAUUUAAAUAAAUGGAUACUGUUUGUUUCCUGGUAUAUCUUAUUUAAACGUGUUAUUUAUUUUAACCUAGAAUGCACCAGAGAGAGGUCUCCCAACCCCACACUUCCUCCAAAGGUAAUCAACUCCGUGCUCAAUUCACAGAAUGUGCAGUCCAUUACAGCUUAUUUAUUCUGUUAUAUGACAGGCAGAUGGGUAAUAAAGUCAGUCGUUAAAGUGACAUUACACUUCAAAAUCAAAGUUUGACACAUGUUUUCAGACCUCCAAAGUAGCAUAAUGGACUCAACUUGACAUGUUGUGGUCUGAAAACAUCGGACAAAAUUAGAUUUAGGAGUGUGCCUGACGAAUUGAGUGUAUGGCUUCUAGGGCGACUAAUUGAGUGUAUGGCUUCUAGGGCGACUAAUUGAGUGUAUGGCUUCUAGGGCGACGAAUUGAGUGUAUGGCUUCUAGAGCGACGAAUUGAGUGUAUGGCUUCUAGAGCGACUAAUUGAGUGUAUGGCUUCUAGAGCGACUAAUUGAGUGUAUGGCUUCUAGGGCGUCUAAUUGAGUGUAUGGCUUUUAGGGCGACUAAUUGAGUGUAUGGCUUCUAGGGCGACUAAUUGAGUGUAUGGCUUGGCUUCUAGGGCGACUAAUUGAGUGUAUGGCUUGGCUUCUAGGGCGACUAAUUGAGUAUAUGGCUUUUAGGGCGACUAAUUGAGUGUAUGGCUUCUAGGGCGACUAAUUGAGUGUAUGGCUUGGCUUCUAGGGCGACUAAUUGAGUGUAUGGCUUCUAGGGCGACUAAUUGAGUGUAUGGCUUCUAGGGUGACUAAUUGAGUGUAUGGCUUUUAGGGCGACUAAUUGAGUGUAUGGCUUCUAGGGCGACUAAUUGAGUGUAUGGCUUGGCUUCUAGGGCGACUAAUUGAGUGUAUGGCUUCUAGGGCGACUAAUUGAGUGUAUGGCUUCUAGGGCGACUAAUUGAGUGUAUGGCUUCUAGGGCUAAAUGUGUGAUCUAUAAUUUGAUCAAUCUCUGACUGCUCGUUAUCUACAGGAACAGCAGCACCAAAGACCUGACCCAGUUCGCCGCCGACGCCAUCGCCUUCAACCGCCAGCUGUCACAGCACGACGAGGAGCAGGAAGAAGUGGUCACCACCAUCGUGACCUCCAUGAGGCUCUCGCCCCCCUCCAACUCCCGGCUGGCUCGCAGGCGGGCGCAAUCCAACGCUCAGCGCACCGCCCGGGACUUCCUGCCUGCUGACGACGACACCCUCAUCACCUGACCAGCCCCUGGUUUAACCCCAGGGAGACCCCGUUUGGUGCUACUGCAGGCUGGAAGCUCUCUCACACCUGGUUUAUCCUUCUAAUAUAGUUGUGUGGUUCUAAGAUCCCUACAUGGGCAGAUUCUCAGAUUUAGCACUGUCAGCAUUAGAACCACUGCCAGGCUCUGUGUGCCUUCCCCUCCCCUCUUUUUUCCCCUCCAUUCCCUCCAUCCUGGUGCUAGCCCC